UGGAGCAAGUGGAAGAAGCGGAUGUGUUCGUCCAUGUCAGGCGCGUCGGCAGCGCGGAGGCCGGUCUUUGACGAGAAGGAGGACGUGAAUUUCGACCACUUCCAGAUCCUGCGAGCCAUCGGGAAGGGCAGCUUUGGCAAGGUGUGCAUUGUGCAGAAGCGGGACACGGAAAAGAUGUACGCCAUGAAGUACAUGAACAAGCAGCAGUGCAUUGAGCGUGAUGAGGUCCGCAACGUGUUCCGGGAGCUGGAGAUCCUGCAGGACAUUGAGCAUGUCUUCCUGGUGAACCUCUGGUACUCCUUCCAGGAUGAGGAGGACAUGUUCAUGGUAGUAGACCUACUGCUGGGUGGGGACCUGCGCUACCACCUGCAGCAGAACGUCCAGUUCUCAGAGGACACAGUGAGACUGUACAUCUGUGAGAUGGCAUUGGCCUUGGACUACCUAUGCAGCCAGCACAUCAUCCACAGAGACAUCAAACCUGACAACAUUCUCCUGGACGAGCAGGGACAUGCACACCUAACAGACUUCAACAUCGCGACCAUCAUAAAGGAUGGGGAGAGGGCGACUGCACUGGCUGGUACCAAGCCCUACAUGGCCCCCGAGAUCUUCCAGUCGUUUGUCAGCGGUGGGACAGGCUAUUCUUUCGAGGUGGACUGGUGGUCAGUGGGGGUGAUGGCGUACGAGCUGCUUCGAGGAUGGCGGCCCUAUGAUAUCCACUCGAGCAGUGCAGUGGAGUCCCUGGUGCAGCACUUCAGCACUGUGAGCGUCCAGUACGCCCCAACCUGGUCCAAGGACAUGGUGGCCCUGCUGCGGAAGCUGCUCACAGUGAACCCCGAGCUCCGAGUCUCCAGUCUCCGGGACAUGCAGGCUGCCCCCUUGCUGGCCCGUGUGCCCUGGGAUGACCUGACCCAGAAGAAAGUGGAGCCCGGCUUCGUACCCAAUAAAGGCCGUCUGCACUGCGACCCCACCUUCGAGCUGGAGGAGAUGAUCCUCGAGUCACGGCCUCUGCAUAAGAAGAAGAAACGGCUGGCCAAGAACAAGUCUCGGGACAAUAGCAGGGACAGCUCCCAGUCCGAGAACGACUACCUUCAGGACUGCCUGGAUGCUAUUCAGCAGGACUUUGUGAUCUUUAACCGAGAAAAACUGAAGAGAAGCCAGGACCCCACGGCUGAGCUGUUCCCCACAUCUGAGUCCCAGGACGAGGCUGAGCCACCAGUGAGCAGCGAGGCAUCAGGAUCCCCCGUGCCCAUGUGUGGCCCCCUCUGCCCCUCAGCAGGGAGCAGCUAG